AUGCCCCAUAGACAGUGGACUUUGAAACGCGCGGAUGGUCAGGCUUUUGUGCGUCUGUGCGUUUUGGAGGUGCGAUUAGGAUACACCUUUUUGGAGUGGGGAUCGCCGCGUGAGGAAAUACUAUCAACAAAAAAUGAUGCAAUACUGGAUGGAGCGUUUGGGGUGAUUCCCGGACAAGGACACGAAGUGGAGGGCUGCGAGUGUUCUGUAAUCCUGAAAAAGGAGCUGUCGUCGCUGUGCAAAGAGUCCAGGAACUGCAGGGAGUACAAGUAUUAG